AUGCUGGAGCGUCUGUCCCGCCGCCAGCGCUCCUUGCUCUCGCUGACCCUGACCUCCCUGGCUCUGGCUCUGUCCAUCCUGGCCCUGUGCACGUCCUACUGGUGCGAGGGGACGCACAAGGUGGUGAAGCCGCUGUGCCUGUCGCCCGUCAAGAUGAAGAACUGUGGGCAGAACAACAGUGAGCCUUACACUACAGAGAGCCCAACCCAGAACCCCUAUAACCGGACCCUGUCCCCGGCACGGAAAGACGAGCUGGCCAGGAUCAGGCAGAGGCAGUUGGCCAAUGCUGUCAGCUACAUCUGGGAGACCGGAGAGGACAAGUUUGCUUUCCGAUAUUUCCACACAGGCUUCUGGGAGAGCUGCGAGAAACUCAGCGAUGGAGAGAAAUGUCGCAGCUUCAUCGAUUUAACUCCUGGAGAUACGCAUGGUGUUCUCUGGUUGUCUGUGAUCUCUGAGUUCACCUACAUUGGCCUUUUGGGAAUGGGCUUUUUAUUGAUGUGGCUGGAAGUUCUGUGCUCUCACAAAGAAAUGCACUCACUCAAAAUCAACGCAUUUGCUGCCAUAUGCACAGUAUUAUCAGGUCUGUUGGGAAUGGUGGCUCACAUGAUGUUCACCACAGUGUUCCAGAUGACAGUCAUUGUUGGACCUAAAGACUGGAGACCUCAGUCCUGGGACUAUGGCUGGUCCUUUGCCAUGGCCUGGGUGUCCUUCAGCUGCUGCAUGGGUGCAGCUGUGGUCACUCUCAACUCCUACACCAAAACUAUCAUCGAAAUGAGGCGGAGACAGAGGAUGCGUUUGGAGGAGGCCCGCUCAGCCGCACGCGCCCCAGCCUAUGACGAAGUGGUGCCUGGGGGCGGACUCUACUCGGUGAGCGGCCUGCUACAGUGUCCGGAGGGAAUGAUGGACGUUGCCUGGGCGCCCAAUGGAAAUGUCAUGGGAGUCGGGAAUGGGGACGUCCCUACGCUGGUGUUAGUGGGAGGGUGUGGUCCCGAAGGCUGCGAGGACUGCGAGAGAGAGAUGGACGAGAUGGAAGGUACAGGGGAGCGAAUUGACUCUCCCUGUUGA